AUGGAGAGUGAGGAAUUUGAUACUGAUUUAUUCAUCGACGAAAUUGAAAAAAGACCCCCAAUUUGGGAUUUGACAAGUAGUGAAUAUUCAAAUAAAAUCAGUAAAAGAAAGGCUUGGGAAGAAAUUGUUCUAAUUUUUAGUGACCCAAGUGACACCGAAGAAAGAAAAAAAUUCCAUGGAUCGGGAGCAUCUAAAAAAUCUACAUAUAUACAUUUUGAGAGAUUAAGAUUUUUGCAAAAAUCGAUUGAAAAAAAUAUUACUGAAAGUAGUUUCUGCGCAAACGACGAAAAUUCAAAAAGAUCUGCCGAUACAAAUGAUGAAAAUGAAACUUUCAAAUCUCCUAAUAACAUCCAAUAUAGAAGCACAAAAAAAUUAAAACUUAGCCCAGCUUACGAGCAUUUUGCUAAUUUACUAGAAAGAAGUAUAGCUCAAAAGCAAGUUCCCGAAAAACAAGAAGAUGAUGAAGACAAACUAUUUUGUUUGUCCUUAUUGAAAGAAAUCAAAAAAGUACCAGAAACCAAACGUCUGAAACUCAAAAUUGAUAUAUAUAUAAUUUAA